CUUUCAUAACAAAAAGAAGCAAACACAUAACAUAAAACCCACAAAUCUUCUCAAAUUAAACACUUUCAAUCACAAAACGGUUUCUUUGAAUUCCCAUAUUAUCAUCCAUCUCUCAUCCGAAGCACAAACAGAUACAAAUUGAAGCUUUCGAGCAUCUCUCAGUGUUUUAAACUUCUCUUCAACUGCGAAUUUUUUUACUUUAAUCAACAUAAAGAAGCCAUGUUUAUUUCUGGGUUGAUUGAGGUUUUCUCUUGAUGAAUCUUGUGAUUAAACGAUUGAUGAUGCCUGGUUCAAGUUGUGCUUCUUGGAAACCCGCCGGCGCCGGCGCCGGAACUGUACCCGACCAGUUUCCGGCAGGUCUCCGGGUGCUUGUUGUUGAUGACGACCCGACUUGUCUCAUGAUUUUAGAGAAGAUGCUAAAAAACUGCAAUUAUGAAGCCACGAUAUGCAAUAGAGCCGAAAUCGGUUUAUCGUUAUUGAGAGAAAACAAAAACGGACAUGAUAUAGUUCUAAGCGAUGUUCAUAUGCCGGACAUGGAUGGAUUCAAACUCCUUGAACAUAUCGGACUCGAAAUGGACCUCCCCGUUAUCAUGAUGUCGGCCGACGACAGCAACAGUGUGGUUAUGAAAGGCGUUACUCAUGGCGCCUGUGAUUAUCUCAUAAAACCUGUUCGUAUCGAAGCUUUGCGUAAUAUAUGGCAACAUGUCGUACGAAAACGAAAACACGAAUGGAAAGAUUUCGAACCGGAAGCAAGUCCCGACGUCGCCGCCGCUGACCAACACCAAAAAGUACCAGAAGAUAUUGACUAUUCGUCAUCGGCAAACGAAGAACGUAAUUGGAAAAAUUCAAAGCGGAAGAAAGAUGAUGAAGAUGAAGCUGAAGCUGAUGCAGAAGAACGAGACGAAUCUUCUUCUUUGAAAAAACCUCGCGUCGUGUGGUCCGUCGAGCUUCAUCAACAGUUCGUCGCCGCCGUUAAUCAGCUCGGAAUCGACAAAGCUGUCCCGAAGAGAAUCCUGGAGCUGAUGAACGUUCCAGGUCUAACCAGAGAAAACGUCGCCAGCCAUCUUCAGAAAUACCGGCUUUAUCUCCGAAGACUUAGCUCGUCGCAGCAUCUGGGGUCGACGUUCCUCGGCAGCCCUGAUGGAGGCUUUGCGUCAAUGACGUCAUUCACCGGCGGCCAAUUCCAAUCGGCGGUUCUUCCUCGAUCAAAUAACACAAAAUCUCCGAUUUCUGUGCCGAUGAUGGAUCAAAGAAACAUAUUUAAUUUCGAAAAUCCGAAAUUACUUCAUGGAAUUCCAACAAAUAUGGAACCGAAACAGUUCGUGGGUUUGCAACAAUCACAGCAGCAGCUAUCAUAUAAUAAUCAAAUCCUGAUUCCAGUCGGUGGUCAAACUCGGUCAAACGGAAACCGGCUACCUGGGAACUACCGGAACGACGAUGUUUUGCAAUAUCCAGAGCAAUUCAAUCAAGAUGACCUCCUCACUGCGAUUCUUAAGCAGCAACAGCAAGAGGCGUUUGGAUUGCCGGAAAAUGAAUUUGGGUUUAACGGACACGGUUUGGAUGAUCUUCCGGUGUAACAGAGGUGGCGUGUUUUUUAUUUUAUUUUAUUUUAUUUUUUUUUAUUUUAUUUUUUAAUAAUUAUCUUAGUGACUAUUUUAUAUUUUUUUGUGUUAUUAAGAUAUAUGGGGUUUGAAUUUUUGACUGUUUUUAUAGGCAACAAAUUGUUGGUAAAAACAUGCAAAAAUUCGAUUUUUGGGUCUAGUGUAAAAUUUAUUGUUUUCUUUUGUUGGUAGU